UAUCCAUUUAUGGUACCCAAUUUUAAUGUCUAAAUCCUCUUCUUGACAAUCCCUUCCUAUAAUUUCUUAGUUUUCACUUUUCACUUUCAACACCUCAACAUUUUCAUGCAUCUGUUUAUUGUCUCUAUGAGUUUUGUAGUCUAGAGAAAUUGUUUGCCAAGAUGAUGAGAUGGUUGAGAGAAAAACUACAGGACUUUGACAUAAAAAAUCCAGUAACAAUCAGAUUGAGCAGUUGAUAUUUCUGAAAUAUAUGCAGGGAAUGUUCAAUGGUGAACAAUAAGUCAGAUUGCAAGGCUUUCAAAUUCAGUGAGAACUAUCAGGAGAUAAAAGCAUUGAGAAUUUCGGAAAUUGAGAGACAGAACAACGAUGGAGUUGUCAAGAAUGUACCUCAAGUUAACAAAUUCUUGGCUUUGAGGGAUCGGGAUGAAUUGCAGACAGCGCUGAGGGCUGCAAGUCCAAGUAGAACAGAAGGAAGUAAAGAAAGAAAUAAGAAAAGGAUAGUAGAGGACGCAGGCACAAUAGAGCUUGGAACAUUUUUCCGGAAGCACAAUAAGGGCUUGGUGGAAAAUUAUGAGAUGGACCAGAAAAUGCUUGAUUCUGAUGUGGGCAAUAAGACUGAAUCAACCAAGGGAACUCUAGAGAUGAAAGCAUCCUUGUCAAUUGAGUCAAAACAUAAAAUCAAAAAUGGCUCAAAUGAGGAUGUUUUCGAUAGAUGUGAAUCCAAGAACUUAAAGAUGGAAGAUGAAGAAAAUACAGAUGCAAGGGAUGUAAGAUUCCUUGAUUGUUCUGCAGAGAAGAUUGUACAUGAAUUGCAGCUGAUUAAGAAGGUUGCUAGUAUGGAUGCAGACUUGGCAAGCAACGACUCUUCUGAAAGUGAGUCUUCUGAUUCACCUGCAAAAACCACCAGCGGCUCUCAACAAUGGGCAUUUUAUCAGCAUUUGAUUGCUGCGUUGCAAUCAUUGAAGGCUCAAGAGGGCAUCUCAGAAACAAGUUCAAAUCAAGAUUCUUUUCAACAACAUGAUCUAGCUGCAGAAUCCAAAGCCUUUCCAUCUGGUCCUCCUGCAUGCCCAACUGCUUUAUCUGGAAAAACACUACAUUCGGGAAGCAUAUCUAGUCAGUCAAAUAGAAGCAAUGCAAGUGCAAAUUCUUUUGUGUUUCCCAUAUUACCCUCAGAAUGGAAUGGCAGCCCGGUAAGAAUGGUGAAAGCUGAAAGAAGACAAUUGAGAAAACAAGGAAGGUGGAAGACUUUUAUUAUGUGUUGUAAAUUCUAAAUGCAAAGGUGUUGCCCCUAACAAAAAGGCUAAAUCCCUUUGACAAUAUUUUAUAAUUAAUCUUUUGACUUGCCCAACAAUAAAGCAUGCUUGCGAAAUUGUUUCCUUAAAA